ACAGAUAAUACGUUGUCCAAUCAAAUCUCUCGAGAACUUCGACUUUCAAGAACCAAGCUUUCAAGUUCCUUUCAUGCAAAAACCAGAGCUUUCCAUGUCUCUUCUAACACCAGAGAGAAACCACCGAGAAUUUCCGAAUUACCCUCCGCCGGAGAUGGGAUAUUACUCGCAGGCUCAUAUAUGCCAGUGUUUAACUCGCUUAUCAACUCUCAAGCGGAACUCCAUUGUCACCUUCUCGGGCCACCGGAAGAAAACUGGCCACGAGUUCGUUCGUUCUGUUCUGAGUUUGGCUGGUGGGCUGCUUAAACUUGGGGUUAGAAACGGCGACGUUGUGGCCAUCUCUGCCUUCAACAGUGAUUGGUAUUUGGAGUGGUUACUGGCUGUUUCCUUUGUUGGAGGUGUAGUUGCUCCUUUGAAUUAUAGAUGGAGCUUCGAAGAAGCAAGAUCAGCUAUGCUAACAGUUGAACCGGUAAUGUUGGUAACUGAUGAGUGCUGUAGCUUCUGGAAUCUGGAAAUCCGGAACAAUGCUAUAGCUUCUUUAAGGUGGAAUGUGUCCUUGGUUUCCAAUGAUUUAGAUGGAAGGAAAAAUUCUCCACUAUCGCAAUUGUUGCCACUAUUGACCAUGGAAAUGGUUAAGGAGCAUUGCGAGAGACGGCUGCCAUCAACUUACUCCUGGGCCCCUGAUGGGUCUGCAAUAAUAUGUUUCACAUCAGGCACAACUGGAAGGCCAAAAGGUGUUACAAUAAGCCAUUCAGCUCUUAUUGUACAAUCCUUGGCGAAAAUUGCAAUUGUUGGUUAUGGUGAGGAUGAUGUUUAUUUGCACACAGCUCCACUGUGUCAUAUUGGUGGUUUGUCUUCGGCUAUGGCCAUGCUAAUGGUCGGAGCUCGCCACAUCUUUACGCCUAAAUUUGAUGCAAAAUUCGCCCUUCAAGCCAUAGAACAACAUCAUGUGACUUCACUAAUCACCGUCCCUGCUAUAAUGGCUGAUCUAAUUUCCAUAAUUAGGAAGAAUAAAGAUUGGACAACAAAAGAGAGUGUGAAAAAAAUACUGAAUGGAGGUGGAGGUCUAUCAAGGGAGCUUAUAAAAGAUGUAACCAACAUCUUUCCCAGAGCUAAACUCCUUUCAGCUUAUGGGAUGACAGAGACGUGUUCUUCAUUAACGUUCUUGAACCUCUGGGACCCAACACUCAAAACAACAGACUUGCUGUUGUUUUAUACAGAAAAAUUGAAUUCAAUUGACCAUCCACAAGGUGUUUGUGUUGGGAAGCCUGCUCCUCAUAUUGAAUUGAAGAUUUCUACUGAUGGCACUUCUCAAGCUGGGAGAAUCUUAACUAGGGGACCACAUGUAAUGCUAGGAUAUUGGGGUGAAAGUCAAGAAAAGAAAUCAAAUGCUGCAGUUGAAGGUUGGCUCGACACAGGUGACAUUGGCUCCAUCAAUGAGUCUGGUAAUCUGUGGCUCGUUGGACGAUCAAAUGGUCGAAUAAAGAGUGGUGGGGAGAAUGUUUACCCUGAAGAGGUAAAGACGAUUUUAUUACACAUCCCGGCAUUAUUGCUAUUGUAGUUGUGGGAGUCCCAGAUGCUCGCCUGACAGAAAUGGUGGUUGCUUGUAUUCGUUU